AGAUAAAAGUGAAGUUUGCCUUUUGUGUCUGUCCGGGCAGUGGGACAGCAGCACCAAUGGAGCUGUGUGGACAUGACACAUGGGAAUUUCUGACAUAUCUUUUCCCACUCUGACCUUGAGAGACACAAUAAAAAGGGGCUUUGCAGCACUCACACAGCCACUCAGUCCUAGCACCAAGUAUCCAGGUGUCUUUCACUCUUCCUUCAGUGCUGCCACGUGUUUCUCCAGCCGGACAAGAUGUCUAUGCUGGACAUGAGUGAGUUUGGGGAGGCUGCUCCGUACCUCCGGAAAAGCUACACGGAGCAGCUGAAGCUCCAGACAAUCCCCUUCGAUGGAAAGAAGCGAGCUUGGAUCCCAGAUGAGAAAGAAGCCUAUAUAGAAGUGGAAAUCAAAGAAAGCUCUGGUGGCAAAGUCACUGUGGAAACCAAAGAUAAGGAAACGCGGGUGGUGAAGGAGGACGAGGUGCAGCCCAUGAACCCCCCCAAGUUCGACAUGAUUGAGGACAUGGCCAUGCUGACACACCUCAACGAGGCCUCCGUGCUCCACAACCUGAAGCGCCGCUACUCCCACUGGAUGAUCUACACCUACUCGGGGCUCUUCUGUGUCACCAUCAACCCCUACAAGUGGCUGCCCGUCUACACGGCGCCCGUGGUGGCCGCCUACAAGGGCAAGCGGCGCACGGAGGCCCCCCCGCACAUCUACUCCAUCGCUGACAACGCCUACAACGACAUGCUGCGCAACCGCGAGAACCAGUCCAUGCUCAUCACCGGAGAAUCUGGUGCUGGUAAGACUGUAAACACCAAGCGGGUCAUUCAGUACUUUGCCAUUGUCGCAGCCUUGGGCGACACACCGGGCAAGAAAUUAGCAGCUCUUGCCACUAAAACUGGGGGCACCCUCGAGGAUCAAAUCAUUGAGGCUAACCCAGCUAUGGAAGCUUUUGGCAAUGCCAAAACCAUAAGGAAUGACAACUCCUCGCGUUUUGGCAAGUUCAUCCGGAUCCACUUUGGUCCCUCCGGGAAGUUGGCCUCGGCAGACAUUGACAUCUAUCUUCUGGAAAAAUCCAGAGUGAUUUUCCAGCAGCCCAAAGAGCGAAGCUACCACAUCUACUACCAGAUCCUCUCUGGGAAGAAACCAGAGCUGCAAGAUAUGCUGCUGCUCUCCCUCAACCCCUAUGACUACCACUUCUGCUCCCAGGGUGUGACAACUGUGGACAACCUGGAUGACGGCGAGGAGCUCAUGGCGACAGACCACGCCAUGGACAUCCUGGGCUUCAGCAAUGAUGAGAAAUACGGCUCCUAUAAAAUAGUGGGGGCCAUCAUGCACUUUGGCAACAUGAAGUUCAAGCAGAAGCAGCGAGAAGAGCAGGCAGAGGCUGAUGGCACUGAAAGUGCUGACAAGGCUGCCUACCUGAUGGGAAUCAGCUCAGCUGACCUCAUCAAGGGGCUGCUCCAUCCUCGUGUCAAAGUGGGCAAUGAGUACGUGACCAAAGGUCAGAAUGUGGAGCAGGUGCUCUAUGCUGUGGGAGCUCUGGCCAAAGCCACCUACGACCGCAUGUUCAAGUGGCUGGUGACAAGGAUCAACAAGACCCUGGACACCAAGCUGGCCAGGCAGUUCUUCAUCGGAGUACUGGACAUUGCAGGCUUCGAGAUCUUUGAUUUCAACAGCUUUGAGCAGCUGUGCAUCAACUUCACCAAUGAGAAACUGCAACAGUUCUUCAACCACCACAUGUUUGUCCUGGAGCAGGAAGAAUACAAGAAGGAAGGCAUCGAAUGGGUCUUCAUUGACUUUGGCCUGGACCUGCAGGCCUGCAUCGACCUGAUUGAGAAGCCAAUGGGAAUCCUGUCCAUCCUUGAAGAGGAGUGCAUGUUCCCAAAAGCUUCUGACAUGACCUUCAAAUCUAAGCUCUACGACAACCACAUUGGGAAGUCUCCCAACUUCCAGAAGCCCCGUCCGGAUAAGAAGCGGAAAUACGAGGCCCACUUUGAGGUGGUGCACUAUGCGGGUGUGGUGCCCUACAACAUCAUUGGGUGGCUGGACAAGAACAAGGACCCCCUGAAUGAGACAGUGGUGUCCAUCUUCCAGAAAUCCCAAAACAAGCUCCUGGCUUGUCUCUAUGAGAACUACGUGGGCUCUGCUUCAGAGGAGCCUCACAAGCCGGGGACCAAGGAGAAACGUAAAAAGGCAGCUUCUUUCCAGACAGUGUCACAGCUGCACAAGGAGAAUCUGAACAAGCUGAUGACCAACCUGCGCUCCACCCAGCCCCACUUCGUGCGCUGCAUCAUCCCCAACGAGACAAAGACCCCAGGAGCCAUGGAUUCCUUCCUGGUGCUGCACCAGCUGCGCUGUAACGGUGUCCUCGAGGGCAUCCGCAUCUGCCGGAAGGGAUUCCCCAACAGGAUCCUCUACGCAGACUUCAAGCAGCGUUACCGUAUCCUGAAUCCAACAGCCAUUCCAGAAGACAAGUUUGUGGACAGCAGGAAGGCCACGGAGAAGCUGCUGAGCUCCCUGGAACUGGACCAUGCACAGUACAAGUUUGGUCACACCAAGGUGUUUUUCAAGGCUGGUUUGCUGGGCUUGCUGGAGGAGAUGCGAGAUGAGCGUCUGGCCAAGAUCCUGACCAUGCUGCAGGCCAGGAUCCGCGGGUUCCUCAUGCGCCUGGAGUACCAGAAGAUCAUCAGCAGGAGGGAAGCCCUCUAUACCAUCCAGUGGAACAUCCGGGCCUUCAACGCUGUCAAGAACUGGUCCUGGAUGAAGCUGUUCUUCAAGAUCAAGCCUUUACUCAAGUCUGCUCAGACUGAGAAGGAAAUGUCCAACCUGAAGGAGGAGUUCCAGAAGCUGAAGGAGGCUCUGGAAAAGUCUGAAGCUAAGAGGAAGGAGCUGGAAGAGAAGCAGGUCUCCAUGAUCCAGGAGAAGAAUGACCUGACUCUCCAGCUUCAGGCAGAGCAAGACAACCUGGCAGACGCCGAGGAACGCUGUGACCUGCUGAUCAAGUCCAAGAUCCAGCUGGAGGCCAAGGUGAAGGAGCUGAUGGAGCGUGUGGAGGAUGAGGAGGAGAUGAACUCAGAGCUCACCGCCAAGAAACGCAAGCUGGAGGAUGAGUGUGCAGAGCUGAAGAAGGACAUCGAUGACCUGGAGAUCACUCUGGCCAAGGUGGAGAAGGAGAAACAUGCCACAGAGAACAAGGUUAAAAACCUGAUUGAGGAGAUGGCUUCUCUGGAUGAGAUCAUUGCCAAGCUGACAAAGGAGAAGAAAGCCCUGCAGGAGGCCCAUCAGCAGGCCCUGGAUGACCUGCAGGCUGAGGAAGACAAGGUCAACACGCUGACCAAAGCCAAGGUCAAACUGGAGCAGCAAGUGGAUGAUCUGGAAAGCUCUCUUGAACAAGAAAAGAAGAUCCGCAUGGACCUGGAAAGAGCUAAGAGGAAGCUUGAGGGAGACCUGAAGCUGACACAAGAUUCUAUAAUGGAUCUGGAGAAUGACAAACAGCAGCUGGAGGAGAGGCUCAAGAAGAAAGACUUUGAACUCAGUCAGCUGAAUUCAAGGAUUGAAGAUGGGCAAGUGACUGAGGCCCAGCUGCAGAAGAAGAUCAAGGAGGUCCAGGCCCGUGUGGAGGAGCUGGAGGAGGAGCUGGAGGCCGAGCGCGCGGCCAGAGCCAAGGUGGAGAAGCAGCGGGCGGAGGUGUCCCGGGAGCUGGAGGAGCUCAGCGAGAGGCUGGAGGAGGCCGGCGGGACCACGGCCACGCAGCUGGAGCUGAACAAGAAGCGGGAGGCGGAAUUCCUGAAGCUGAGGCGGGACCUGGAGGAGGCCACGCUGCAGCACGAGGCGACGGCGGCCGCGCUGCGCAAGAAGCACGCGGACAGCGUGGCCGAGCUGAGCGAGCAGAUCGACAACCUGCAGCGUGUCAAGCAGAAGCUGGAGAAGGAGAAGAGCGAGAUGAAGAUGGAGGUGGACGACCUGUCCUCCAACGUUGAGUACAUCACCAAGAACAAGGCCAACGCUGAGAAGCUGUGCCGCACCUACGAGGACCAGCUGAACGAGGCCAAGUCCAAAGUGGACGAGCUGCAGCGGCAGCUGACGGACGUGAGCGCGCAGCGGGGCAGGCUGCAGACUGAGAACGGGGAGCUUAGUCGGCUGCUGGAGGAGAAGGAGUCCUUCAUCAACCAGCUGAGCCGUGGCAAGAUCUCAUUCACACAGAGCAUCGAGGAGCUCAAGAGGCAGCUGGAGGAAGAGACCAAGAGCAAGAAUGCCCUGGCCCAUGCCCUGCAAGCCUCCCGGCACGACUGUGACCUGCUGCGGGAGCAGUACGAGGAGGAGGUGGAGGCCAAGAGCGAGCUCCAGAGGAACCUGUCCAAGGCCAACGCCGAGGUGGCCCAGUGGAGAACCAAGUACGAGACUGAUGCCAUCCAGAGGACUGAGGAGCUGGAGGAAGCCAAGAAGAAGCUGGCCACCCGGCUGCAGGAGGCAGAGGAGGCCGUAGAGGCCGCCCACGCCAAGUGCUCCUCGCUGGAGAAGACCAAGCACCGGCUGCAGACGGAGAUCGAGGACCUCUCGGUGGACCUGGAACGCGCCAACUCCGCCUGCGCCGCCCUGGACAAGAAGCAGCGCAACUUCGACAGGAUCCUGGCCGAGUGGAAGCAGAAGUACGAGGAGACCCAGGUGGAGCUGGAGGCAUCGCAGAAGGAGUCGCGCAGCCUGAGCACGGAGCUCUUCAAGCUCAAGAACGCCUAUGAGGAGUCCCUGGACCACCUGGAGACCCUCAAGAGGGAGAACAAGAACCUGCAGGAGGAAAUCGCUGAUCUGACUGACCAGAUCAGUCUGGGAGGCAAAACCAUCCAUGAGCUGGAGAAGGUGAAGAAAGCCCUGGAGAGUGAGAAGAGCGAUAUCCAGGCAGCUCUGGAAGAGGCUGAGGGAGCCCUGGAGCAUGAGGAGAGCAAGACUCUGCGCAUCCAGCUGGAGCUGAACCAGAUCAAGGCUGACAUGGACAGGAAGCUGGCGGAGAAGGACGAGGAGUUUGAGAACCUGAGGCGCAACCACCAGCGGGCCAUGGAGUCCAUGCAGGCCUCGCUGGACGCAGAGGCCCGGGCCAAGAACGAGGCUGUCCGGCUGAGGAAGAAGAUGGAGGGAGACCUGAACGAGAUGGAGAUCCAGCUGAACCACGCCAACCGCCAGGCUGCCGAGUUCCAGAAGCUGGGCCGCCAGCUCCAGGCCCAGAUCAAGGACCUGCAGAUCGAGCUGGAUGACACCCAGCGCCAGAACGACGACCUGAAGGAGCAGGUGGGGGCCCUGGAGCGCCGCAACAACCUGCUGCUGGCAGAGGUGGAGGAGCUGCGCGCCGUGCUGGAGCAGGCAGAGAGGAGCAGGAAGCUGGCGGAGCAGGAGCUGCUGGAGGCCAGCGAGAGGGUCACCCUGCUCCACUCCCAGAACACAGGCCUGAUCAACCAGAAGAAGAAGCUGGAGGCAGACGUCUCCCAGCUGAGUGGUGAGGUGGAGGACGCGGUGCAGGAGUGUCGCAACGCUGAGGAGAAGGCCAAGAAGGCCAUCACAGAUGCUGCCAUGAUGGCAGAGGAGCUGAAGAAGGAGCAGGACACGAGCGCACACCUGGAGCGGAUGAAGAAGAACAUGGAGCAGACCAUCAAGGACCUGCAGAUGCGCCUGGAUGAGGCAGAGCAGAUUGCUCUCAAGGGGGGCAAGAAGCAGAUCCAGAAGCUGGAGGCCAGGGUGCGGGAGCUGGAGGGAGAGCUGGACACGGAGCAGAAGAAGAUGGCUGAAGCCCAGAAGGGCAUCCGCAAGUACGAGAGGAGGAUCAAGGAGAUGAGCUACCAGGCUGAGGAAGAUCGGAAGAACCUGGCUCGGAUGCAGGACCUGAUUGACAAGCUGCAGAGCAAGGUCAAGAGCUACAAGCGCCAGUUCGAGGAGGCCGAGCAGCAGGCCAACUCCAACCUGGUGAAGUACCGCAAGGUGCAGCACGAGCUGGACGACGCCGAGGAACGCGCCGACAUCGCCGAGACGCAGGUGAACAAGCUGCGUGCCCGCACCAGGGACGUCGUCCUCUCCAAGCAUUAGGAGCCUGGGUGCCCACCCUGCCCUGUCCCAGCUGCUGCUGUAGGUUGGAGGCAAGUGGCUGCAAUAGCCACUGCCAGCUUUGCACCGUGUGAAUAAAUGUAGCUCUGCCAGGACUUGCUCUGUUGUAUCUGUCCCAGGGUAACCUUGGCCUCUGCUGAUGGGAUGUGGGGCCAGCUGGGAUCUUUGGGAACAUCUUUUCACAGCCAGGUAGGGGCAGAGGAGAGGUCCAGGCCUUGUCCUUCCAGCUCUACAGCCCUAGCUUGGGAUGGGUUUUGGGAAAAGAGCCCUUUCCUCAUCCCUCCCCACCAAAACACAUCUCUCAGCUGCAGGGGGCCAGAGCUGAGGGGUGAGGCAGGACAGGGGGGCAGAACAGACCUCACCCACUACUCCUGAGAACAUAAAACCCCCAACUACAGCCCUGCAGGGCACAGGGAGGGUUGUUACAGCUUUGGCAAAGUCAUCGCAAAGAAAGACACCUCCGCUCAUUUCUUUAAAAUAGAUUUCUUUAAUAGUUUCCAUUUAAUAUGUUUAUUUGCAGUUAGUAAAUUGGCAUUAAUCAGGGCAGCACGAACCUCAGCAAACCAUGGGGACAGUGCAGACUUCCCGAGGUAUUUGUUAAAUGACAGGGGUCCUACUUCCUCCCUGUCCCAGCUCCCAACCUGCUGCCACCUCUGUGGGGCCAGUGGGCUCUCCCAGCACCACCUGCCCCUGCUCUCCAUAAAUAACACACAAGGAUGAAGGACAGAGGGGGUCUGGUCCCUCUCAAAAUGAGAUUCUUGAAGCAUCUGGCACAGACAGACGAGCCCCCAGGAAUGUAGCCCCAGUUAGGAUGUGUCUGUGACCCUCUGCACUGGGGCAGAGCCUCUCCCUGGAGCCCAGCUCUGUCCUUGGAGGAGCUGCCAUGGGUUUCUCCCCUCUGCCUUUCUCUGCCCCUCCUGCCUCAGCCCCAAAGCAAAGCCAAGACACCUCAAACAGGUGAGGACCCGAACAUGCCUGUGCUCCCAGGCCUGGGAGCAGAUGGGGUGCUGUGGGCUCAGCUCAACCUCCCAGGGGCUGCUCAGCCCCAAACGGACCUUAAAACACAGAGAGGGGGGAGAGACUGGGCAGGGUCAGAGCAGCAGCCAGUGGAUGCACCAAUCAACUACACUAUGGAAAAGGCAUCCCUUAACUUAAAAGCCUUUUAAUUUGAAGCAUUUAUUUGAAGUGUACAUCUAUUACAGUUAAGAAGAAGCAAAGAUACACCAAAAACACAAAUACCCAAGAACAAAAAAAGUACAGAUGAGAAAGAAAUUAGCUGAGGGGAGGGAGGGGCAGGGCGGGGGUGACCUGGUGAAGAACAGAGUUGCAGCUGCUGUAGGGAGGAGCUCCCCAGGGUGAUCCCACUGGAGCAGCCCAAAGAGAGGGCCAGCAGGAUCCCCAGGAGCUCCUGCAAGGCUCCAGGUUUAUGCACAAGCUCAGCAGCUCUGACCACCCUGCACGUCCAUAGCGGGACACUGAGGGGUGAGAGAAGCAAGAGGAGGAGGGAGAUGUUCAGAGACAGGUCCUGCCCUCGGGACUGGAGCCUUGUUCACUCCUCCACCCCCAGCACUGGGAGCCUCAGAGUGGGACUCAUUCUGCUGGAAACGACAAGACACAAAAUGCUGCCGGCUCUGGGACAUCCUCAGCCCUCUGGAGCCUGGACAGAGCUGAAGUCAAGUCAUCUCAUAAAAUAAAUUAGAAAAUGUAAAAAAGAAAAUAAAAAUUCAGAUGCAUGUUUCAAAACUGGUUUCUUUUAGCUGGAACUGCAAGACACUUUUUUGACUUAAAUGUAGUGGCUGUAUCUCAUUCCUGGGAAUCUGACUGUCUUGGAUAACACAGUGUUGGUGAGCAGGCAGGGCAUGUGCAGGUUUGGCAAUGAGGACUGCCAAAACCCAAUUCCCCCUUUCCCAACAUAUCCUACAAAGUUACUUUCAGGAACAGGAGUGUUUAUUCCCAGCAUUUAACACAUUCUGAUUAAAACAGAUGCAGGAAAUACGGACAUCUCCAGUAAAUAUUGCACUUCAAGAUUAAUGUGUGUGUUGAUAUUAAGGACUGAAAGCAAGAGACUGACAUAAGACUUCCAGGCAUAGCAGGUUAACAUCAAGAGCAAUGGUCCUGAAAAGGAUUUUAAAACCAGAUUAGUUACCCAAGAGAAGGGACAAGCCGCAAGUUUAAAAAAUUAGUACAUUUUAAUGCUAGUGCUCCGUGAAAAAGCCAACCCCUGUUGCAAUUCCACCACUGCUCAAAUGUCUCUGUUCUCUGCAGCUUUGUAAAACACCUCCAGGUGGAAAGGAUCUGCAGGAAAGACAGCAGGAGCAGAGGUUCUCUCCUAAUGCACAGAUUUAGUACCAAAUGAUCCAAAAGGAGAUGGUGAAGAGGUGACUGGAGCUCUCAGGAAUUAAAAGCACACACACACACACAUACACUCAUGCUCUACCCAACCCUAAACCCCUGAUUCCAAACCCCAGUAGAAGGGUUACACCUGAAGGGGGGUCCCCGUGGGGGCUCUGCACGUGGCUGGUGUUGGGGUCCUGGUCAGACUGGCUCCUUGGACCUCACAUUUGGAGGGCAAUUGCUGUGCUUUUGACUUGCCAUGAGAGAGCCACAACUCAACUGGCACAUACAGAGUAUCCUCACUGUCAGCAAAACCAUCUCUGACCAACCCCGCUGGACCGGGAGAGAGAAAAAAAAAUAA